CGCAGAAGCCGAACUACUACACGUUCUGCUUCUGGGAUGGCUUCUCCCGUUUCCGAUCCAGACCAUACAAGUCAAGCGUCAGUGAUAUUCCCGCCGAACUCUGCAGCGCCGUCGUCUACUCUCACGUGACCAUUGACGAAGCGAGUCACUCGAUUAGGCUGACUGAUAAGGAGCUGGAGCUCGACUCAGAAGCGAAAUCUUAUGCCAAUUCCUGGCUCUACAACCCGAUAUGGCUGCUGCCUCCAAAUAAAGUCUUCGAACAGAUGACGAAACUCAAAAAGCGCAAUCCGAAUCUAAAGAUUUUGCUGGCCGUGGGUGGCCCUCACGACCCGCAAGAAAAGUACUGGCAGUUUAUUCCAGUGGUUUACUACUGGAAGGACAUGACAGAAAGUCUGGCACAGUGGUUGAGAACGUACGACUUCGAUGGCGUCGUUCUGGACUUCUUUUCCGGCACAACGUCGCUUCAGGACAACGUCCGCACUUGGGAAAAAGCAAAGUUCAUUCAUCCAUUUGUUAGGCAAAUCAACUAUGACCUGAGAGAGCACAAAAAAAUGUGGAGUAUCACCUUGACGCUGCCAGCUUUCGACAGUACAACACAUCAUCUGUUCGACAUAGAGAGCCUUACCAAGGAAGUCAACUUUUUCUUGGUGAAAUCUAGCGACUGCCUCGAAUUUCCAAAAGGUGCCUUGCUCAACGUUACAAGGACAAUUGACAUGACCGAUAUUGACAGAGCGGAGCUCAUAGUAAGGAAAGGGGCCCCACGCCAGAGGAUAGUGCUCGAGGUUCCCCUGUUCGCGAGAACAUACACCGCGAUGGCCUCAGCCACCGGCGUUCACACCGUAUUCCCGGGAAUCUCUGGAAACUACACGGAUCUUCAAGGAUUCCUUGCAUCCUAUGAGGUGUGCCACCAGCUUCAAAUCGGUUGGCAGAAAGGACGUUCUGAUCAGGACUCCUGCCCGUUCCUAAGGAAGGACGAAGAAUACGUGGCCUAUGAAGAUGAUGAGAGCGUCCUCAAAAAGGCAAACAUGGUGAUGGGUCGCAAGUACCGAGGUGCGGCCGUCCGGAGCGUGGACUUGGACGAUUACAACUCCCGAUGCGCGGGCAAGUCUAACCUCCUCAGAGGCCUUCGCUCCAGCUUCGAUGCAGCGAAAGCCGAUAUAGACUAUCCUUACAAUCCACCAACGGCGUCCUGGUGGAACGGGGACAACGACAAAUUCGUAUCCACCACGGCUGCGCCUCUGAGGCAAACACCGACAAAGUUGCCGGAGGCGUCGACACAGUCCAAGGAGGAGGGGCCUACAGGCACAAUGACUCUUGUGACGGGUGCGAGACAGACGUCAAUCGUUACGUUACCUGCAUCGCAAACACCCCCAGCGGCUGAGAGUACGACAGAGACUGUACCUUCUCACGAUAGAACCACUGCGUCAGAAAGCGGUAAGCUACUGAAAGACACAGCAACUGAAACGUCUACUGAUGUCAUCCACACUCGUGACUACGGAAGCUUCAACAACAAAGAGUAGCGACAACAUCUGCAAGGGGGCUAAAGAAAGCGCUAUGUUACCGCACGAGUCAGAUUGUAGCAAAUACUAUCACUGCGUGCAUACCAGACCAUACCUCCAGAACUGUGCACCGGGAACAAUAUUCGACAUCGAGAGGCAAAUAUGCAACUGGCCGGCCAUCACUAACCGACCCGAAUGCAAGCUUUCAGUGAUGACUUUAGGCAAGCGGUAGCACUGUUUCGUCAAAUCCUUGAGAAUGUACGAUGAAAAAUUGGUUUUGUAAAAUAAAUCACACUUUCCUCAUAGGCAUGGUGGCCGAUAA